AUGGCACCAACCACAGACAACAGCUCCGUCGGGAGUCAUUCACCCUCUCCGCCGCCCCUGACCAAGACGGAGAGCAACUCAGUCAAGAAGCGCAGCUCCGCGGACGGCGGCGUCGUCAAGGUCACGAAGCGCAGAGCCGCCCGCGCAUGUGUCUCGUGUCGCGCACGCAAAGUCCGCUGCGACGUGGUUGAGGGCGCGCCGUGCGGAAACUGCCGCUGGGAUAAUGUCGAGUGCAUCGUCCAAGAGAGCCGUCGGCGCAAGAAGAGUACCUUGACGGCAAAUGCCGUGGGUCAGAAUAAUCAAGCCGAGGCUCAGAUUCGCUGCAAGACGACAGCAGCCACCACCACCACCACCAAUAAUGCCACCACCAACGACACUGGCUACGUGAAUGCCACAGACGGCAUCGCGCUCGCGCAUAUGACCUCAAAUGAUCCCCGAAGACAAAGCACAGCAUCGGCCUUUUCGUCGGCCACAACGAACAGCGGCAUCGACAGCCAACUUGGCGGUCUCAUGCCCAACUGUGUGGUGGACUCGCAUAUCCCUCAUCUCAUUUAUCAGCGCUCCGGUUUCCGUCCAGACCUCCUCAGCCAGGCCUCCAUCGACCCUAACCAAGCCAGCCCGACGUCGAGCAGCCUCUGGGCCGGCGACAGCAACACCGUCAACCCCAACCGUCUAUUCGGCGACUCGGGCAUCGCCCCUGCCACCCCGAACUUCGCCAGCCCGCUCGACCAGUUCCAGUUCCACGCCGCCGCCCGGGCCACGCCCCAGCUCCCGCCUUUCCUCCGUCCGCUGCCCAGCAAGAUCACCCCGGAGGAUGUGAGCUAUCUCCAGAUGAAGGGCGCUCUGACGCUACCCGCCCUACCGCUCCAGAAUGCCCUGCUGCAGGCCUACGUCGAGUACAUUCACCCUUUCAUGCCGCUGAUGGACCUGCACCCCUUCCUCAGCAUCGUCAACAACCGCAAUGGCUUCAAUGGUCAGAUGAGCUUGCUGCUCUACCAUGCCGUGCUCUUUGCGGCCACUGCGUCCGUGGAUAUGAAGCGCCUCCGCGAGGCUGGCUACACAAGCCGCAAGGCUGCCCGCAAAGCCUUUUUCCAGAAGACAAGGCUGCUAUAUGAUUUCGACUACGAAUCGGACCGCCUCGUACUGGUGCAGUCCCUGCUGCUCAUGACCUACUGGUAUGAGACACCGGAUGACCAGAAGGACACCUGGCACUGGAUGGGUGUUGCCAUUUCGCUGGCCCACACCAUCGGCCUGCACCGCAAGCCUGGCGCCAACUCGAUGAGCAACGCCAAGCGGAAGCUCUGGAAGCGCAUAUGGUGGUCUUGCUUUAUGAGAGACAGGCUCAUCGCCCUGGGCAUGCGCCGACCCACCCGCAUCAAGGAUGAGGACUUUGACGUGCCCAUGCUGGCCGAAAGCGAUUUCGAAAUCCAGGCGUUGGCGGAGAACAACACCUUGCUCCCCGCCGAUUGCGUCGUGAUCCGCGACGUGGCCAUGCAGCGUGAGCUGGCGACCCUGUGCAUCUCCAAGGCCAAGCUUUGUCUGGGCAUCAGCCACAUGCUCAAGACCCAGUACUCGGUGCUGAUCCGCGACAACAUGAAGCCCGAGAAUACGACUAACAGCACCAUGAUGCUGUUUCCUAACAAGUUCGAGAAUGGUGACGCCGUCGACACCAUUGACGCCGAGUUGCGUGCGUGGGCUGAUACCCUGCCUGAGUGCUGCCGGUACCGGCCCCUUAAGGAAGCUGAUAUCGAAGGCGGCCGCUCGACCGUCACCGUCCACCGCACACUGUUGCACAUGGUGCAUCAGACUACCAUCUCGGCGCUUCACAGGCCACAGUUUCUGCCAUCGUCGCCCACGCAAAUGCCCACCACCUCGCGCCAGGUGCAGGACAUGUCGCGCGUCAAGGUGCGCGAUUCGGCCAUGCAAAUCACCCGAAUGGUGACGGAGCUGCACGACUUCCGUCUGGAAAAGUACCUCCCCACGACGGGUGUGACGGUGAUUCUGCCGGCCAUGAUUAUUCACUUGCUGGAGAUGAAGGGUUCCUCCAAGGAGGCUCGCGAGCGGGCCACGAUCGGCUUUCGUCAGUGCAUGCGUGUCAUGGAAAAGCUGCGGGAGAUUUAUUCGGCGGCCGAUUAUGCCACCGGGUUCCUGGAUGCGGCUUUGCGCAAGGCCGACAUUAGUGUUGGGUCUGGCAACGGUGGCAGCAGCAGCAGCGCUGCGUCGGCUGCACUGGCCAACCAGAUCAACCAGAUCAGCCAAAUGGGCCAGAUCAACCAAAAUGCCACCAGCAACAUGUUGCCCAACGGGUUGCCGUUUGGGCUUGUACACACACCACCGCCAGAGGGCCAGGCGACGGCGAGCCUGCAGGAGGCAUUGUUCGGCAAGACGGCCAUGCUGCCGCCCAACACGGUCAACGCAGCCGCGCUGGAGCUGACGGACUCGCCGCCGCAGACAGACUUUGACGCAACGGGCCUGACGCCCAGUGCGAGCGGGCUGUCGGAGGAGCUGCCGACUGAGUCGGAUCCGAUGGACAUGGACUUUAUGGAGGGUCAUGAUGAGUUCGACUGGAACGCGGUGGCGGGUACCGACUUUGACGUGGACCAGUUCCUACAGUUCCCUACCGAUGGCGCCAAGCCGUCAGAAGAGAUGAUGAGCGGCGUCUUUGGCGGAAGCAACACAGGUGGCUCGAUGGAAGAUGUCAAGAUGGGUAUUGAAGCUUCUGCAUGA